AUGGACGGUCUCAUGGUCACUGUUACCACCACAUUCUUGAACUGGCGCGCCCGGGCAACCAAGGCUGUACGCUGGGGCUCGAAUCGCAAACACAAGCACGAAUCGCCGAUCACGUCGCAGAGCUUGCGAUCUAAAGAAGAACCAGAUCCACCCACCCCGCAAAAACAGACGCGAACCAGCGAUACAUCCAGUUCUGCCAGCCAUAUCUACCAUGCCGAGGCACGGGAUCCCACUCAGCCAAAUCAAUCACAAUUCUUAUCAGGUCCGGAACCUGCUGGGACCGCCCAACCUAAGUUGGAGGAUAACAUACCAUCGGCGGAACCUUCCAAUGCUUUGAUAGGACUCAUUACAUCCACGGGAAGCGAGAUCCAGAAACCCGGGAAAUCCAAGGAGGACGAAAUUCUGGCCCUGAAUGCGCGGUUGAUUGAACAGCAAAAAGAUGUCUCGGCCAAGAGACUGCAGGUUCGGGAAUCGCGGACAGCCCUAAGGCACAAGCGCGACGAGGUCUCUGAACUCAGGUCUGAGUGGAUGGAACAACUUAAUACCUUCUUUGCACGUCUAGAUCACGUCGAUGAGGAGCUUCUACGAGGCUUCGAGCAACUACAGGGGGCUACGGAGGAGCACAUGCACAUGGAAAGUUCAUACCACCAGGAGGAAGACCAACUGGAAGAAGAAGAGUACAUGCUAACUCUAUCCAUGGAGAGCUUUGCCGCUCUUUCAGGUAGCGGAUCCUCCCCUAUCACCCCACGCCAUCCUAGACCUUUAACCCAGCGCGCGGGCCCUAACACACGUCGGGAGCUUCCACGUUGUAUCAUAAGCUAUCUGAAGCGAAUAGCAGACGAACGAAUGCUCCAGGAAAGUCUCUCAGAAUUGGAAUCAGAAUGGUUUAUCACUCUGGAGAGGCAGGACGAGAAAUACCAUCCCUUGGAAGCCGAGGACUCAGAAUUCCUUAGGACAUUCGAAAAGCAAAGAAGCGAUAUAUGGAGGGACCUGACUAAUGCCCAAAUGGACGUGAACUCACUUCGCUUAGUCUGCAUUGAUCAGGGGUAUACCAACUUUGAUUACGAAGAUCUCUCGUCCCUCAACUUAUUCCAGUAUGACGGAGAACGUAUUUUGGAACCAAAUAGAGACCCACUGAAGCUUGGCCUCGAGGAAGAAUUUCUCUACAUCUCUGGAAAUGAGGCUCCAGAUCAAGACUUUGACAUGGCCCUGGACCUGCAUUUGGAGACAUCAGAGGUACCCCCCUCUGAGCACAUCCGCUUCAUUCCGAACCCGGACCACAACAGACCGCAUAAAUCUGCGGAGUUCGUCAAUAAAUGGAUGCUUCAUAAGCUCAGAAUAUCGUCAAUGGGCAUAUGGCACCUUCAACACCUGCCCAUCUGGGGUCCAUUGCGCAAGAAGGGCUGGGAAGACCAUGAUAUCAGCCGGUAUGUUCUCGAUCGAUGGUACUUUGACGACGCGGCGCUGGCGCCGCUGUCAAGUACUUCCUACUAUGGCGGUGGUGAGACUAUGAUAGCCCCCACUACUAAACGCAAACAUCGUGUGAAAAGCCGAUCUCUACCACCUCCUUCUCGCUCACCUCGCAAAGUUCCGUUGCAGCGGUACCGGACUUUCCCUUCAGCGCUCAAAGGGGCGUCGAUAUCUGUCUCUACUUGA